AUGUAUGAUGGAGAACACUAUGCUUCCAUAUCAGUACCUGGCACAUACAUCAACUCUACUUGUGGAAUGUGUGGCAACUACAACAAGAAUCCUGAGGAUGACACCCUCCGCUCAGAUGGAAGACCAGCUAUAUCUGUCAUAGAUCUAGGAGAUAGCUGGAGGGUGUAUCAUCCAGACUGGAAGUGUUCCUCUGGGUGUGUAGAUAACUGCAGUAUAUGUGAUUCAGCAAUGGAGUCACUUUAUUUUACCUCAGAAUACUGUGGGUUUAUUAACCUCACAGGGAGCCCACUGUGGGAAUGUGGCACUGUAGUGGAUCCCACUGCCUUUGUCCACAGCUGUGUAUAUGACCUUUGUGGUUCUCGAGACAAUGGCACUAGCCUUUGCCAAGCAAUCCAGGCUUAUGCACUUGUUUGUCAAGCACUCGGGAUUACUGUUGGUGACUGGAGAACACAGACUGGAUGUGCUUCAGCUAUACAGUGUCCAGAAUUCAGCCAUUACUCAGUGUGUACAAGCAGCUGUCCAGGCACUUGUUCUGACCUCACAGCUCCUCAGUACUGCAGCACUCCAUGCAUGGAGGGAUGUGAGUGUGAUAAUGGGUAUGUGUUGAGCGCAGACUCAUGUGUUCUUAUAAGCAAAUGUGGCUGUGAGAUGGCUGGGAAAUAUUAUGUGGUUGGUGAUUCCUUCUGGACCUCUGCAGACUGCACUAUACAGUGCUGGUGUGAAGAUGGAGGGGAUAUCGUUUGCUUCAACACCAGCUGCCGAGAUGGUGAGAUCUGCUCUGUGGAAAAUGGAUAUCAAGGCUGCUACCCCAGAAGGGAAAGUAUAUGUCUUGUAAGCCAAAACCAGGUGAUACACACAUUUGACUCCAUCGGCUUUCCUUAUCCGCUAGAAUAUUCUUACACUCUGUUAAAGACUUGCUCAGAAAAGACAGAGUUUAUUGAGAUUGACAUCAGCAAGAAGAAACCAGACUCAGGACCCAACUGGCUCAGACCACUAAGAAUUCAGGUGGCUAAGCAAGAGAUAAGAAUUGGUGGAGGCAGCACCUCAGAGAUUAAGGUUAAUGGAUUUCAGAUUGAACUUCCCUUUUAUCUGCCUUCCGGUGAGCUGGAAAUGUACCGUAACAGAAAUGGAACAGUGAUUGAAUCUGAAGGACUUGUUAAAAUACAGUAUUCAGACCAAGGUCUGCUUCACAUCACUCUUUCUACCUUGUACUACAAUUGUACAGGAGGGUUAUGUGGGUACUUCAAUGGAAACAGUGAGGACGAGUUUUGCUUCCCAAAUGGAAAGUGUACAGAUAACAUUGCCAUAUUCUUAGAGAGUUGGACAACUUUUGACGAGAUCUGCAAUGGAGAAUGUGGGGAUUUACUGAAAGCCUGCAACAAUGAUUCUGAACUACUGAAGUAUUAUAAAAGUCGCUCCAAAUGUGGAAUUAUUAAUGAUCCAAGCAACAGCUCUUUUCUGGACUGUCAUGCUGUUGUUAAUGUAUCUGCAUAUUACAGAACUUGUCUGUUUCGCCUGUGCCAGAGUGGAGGUAACCAGACAGAGCUAUGUGACUCUGUUAGUCGUUAUGCCAUGGCGUGCCAAAAUGCUGCUGUAGAUGUUGGCCAGUGGAGGAGUAGAAACUUCUGCCCCUUAAUGUGCCCAGAGAACAGCCACUUUGAGGAAUGCAUUACUUGUUCGGAAACUUGUGAAACCCUUGCCUCUGGCCCAGUCUGCACUGAUAGUUGCACUGAAGGAUGCCAGUGUGAUGAAGGUUUUGCCUUGCAGGGUACGCGGUGUAUUCCUAAGAGUGAAUGUGGCUGUAAUUUUGAAGGUCAUCAAGUUUCCACCAACGAAACUUUUUGGAUCGAUCUGGAUUGCAAAUCCCUUUGUUUUUGUAAUGGAACAGACAACAGUGUUUACUGUGAGACUAGUCCAUGCAAGGAUGAAGAAUACUGUAUGGAGGACAAUGGGCUCUAUUAUUGUCAGCCCCGUACAGAUGCAUCAUGUAUCGUCUCAGGAUAUGGACAUUAUCUUACGUUUGAUGGACUCCCAUUUGAUUUUCAAAGUAGCUGCUCUCUAAUCCUUUGCACUACAGUUACUAAUUCCAAAGCGGACACUGUCCCAAGAUUUACAGUUACUGCUAAAAAUGAGGACAGAGAUGCUUCUCUUGCACUAUGGGUAAAGCAAGUGGAAGUAGAAGUUUACAAUUAUAACAUUGUAAUUUAUCGGGCAUACAAACACACUGUCCUGGUAAAUAAUGAAAGACUUUAUUUGCCUCUGAAGUUGGGUCAUGGCAAAGUGAAUAUUUUUGCAUUUGGUUUUCACAUCGUUAUUGAAACAGACUUUGGCCUAAAGGUGGUCUAUGACUGGAAGACAUUUCUGUCUGUAACAAUUCCCCGCUACAUGCAGAAUAGCACAUAUGGCCUGUGCGGGAGGUACAAUGGAAAUAUGGAAGAUGACCUGCAGACCUCUAGUGGCUUCAUUAGUAUGAAUGUCAAUGAGUUUGGUCACAGCUGGGUAAAAAGAGAUACAUUUUGCCAGGUUGGUUGUGGGGACAGAUGUCCAACCUGCACAAAAGUGGAUGGAUUGUGGAAAGCCCAGCAGCUUUGCAGCUUCAUUCCCAACAGGAGUGGUGUAUUUGCCAAAUGCCACAGCAAAGUGAAUCCUAGAUUUUUCUUUAAGAAUUGCCUUUUUGACUCCUGCAUUGAUGGUGGUGCUGUCCAAACUGCUUGUAGCUGGCUUCAAAACUAUGCAAGUACAUGUCAGACACAAGGGAUUGCUAUCACUGGCUGGAGGAAUCACACAUCCUGCUAUGUCACAUGCCCAGCAUACAGUCACUAUGAAAGUUGUGUUAGUGUGUGCCAACCUCGAUGUGCUGCUAUCAGGCUUAAAAGUGAUUGCAACCAUUACUGUGUGGAGGGUUGUCAGUGUGACCCUGGCUAUGUCUUGAACGGGAAGAGCUGUAUUCUGCCGCAUAACUGUGGUUGUUAUGCUGAUGGUAAAUACUAUGAGCCCAAGCAGCUCUUCUGGAACAGUGACUGCACCAGGCGAUGCCGCUGCUUUGGCAGGAAUCUCAUCCAGUGUGAUCCCAGGCACUGCAAGUCAGAUGAAGAAUGUGCGCUAAGGAAUGGAGUGAGAGGCUGCUUCAGCAAGAAGAGCUCCUAUUGCAUAGCAGCAGGAGGAGGUGUUUUCAGGACAUUUGAUGGGGCAUUUCUUCGCUUUCCAGCAAACUGUGCAUUUGUAUUAUCAACAAUUUGUCAAAAGCUACCUGAUAUCUCAUUCCAGCUAAUCAUAAACUUCGACAAAUGGUCUUCUCCAAAUUUGACUGUUAUAUCACCUGUAUACUUCUACAUUAAUGAAGAGCAAAUUCUCAUCAAUGACCGUAACACUGUAAAGGUAAAUGGAACACAAGUGACAGUUCCAUUUGUAACUGGACUGUCCACAAAAAUAUAUAGUAUGGAGGGAUUUUUGGUCAUUGACACAAGCCCUGACAUUCAGAUUCAUUACAAUGGCUUCAACAUUAUUAAAAUUACCAUCAGUGAGCGACUUCAAAAUAAAGUUUGUGGUCUUUGUGGAAACUUUAAUGGAGAUCUAACUGAUGAUUACGUUACUCUACGAGGGCAUCCAUCUUGGAUUUAUGCUGAGCAUGGUGGGAAGCUUUUAUGCCUUCAGGUCUCUGAGGUCCAUCCCCCAGAGGGUGAGUUGCAGUAUUCUCAGUAUGCCUCUACUUGUGACAAUGUUCAAAUCCAGAAGCUUCAGAGUGAUGGCUAUUGCCUUAAACUGACGGAUAUGAAAGGCUUCUUCCAGCCGUGUUAUGGUCUGUUGGAUCCUGUGCCCUUUUAUGAAUCUUGUUUUCUUGAUGGAUGCUACAAUAGCAAAAAAAUCCAGCUGUGUGGUUCGUUUAGCUGCCUAUGGAGAGGCAUGCAGAUCAUUUGGAAUUCUCAGCACAGAAUGGAUUGA